UACUACAACCGAUUGGUCGAGCUGGCAGAGGAUAUGCACUGUAUGGAAGAGCAUCUGAUGGUGAACAAGUUUAUGGGGGGUCUUGAGGAGCGACUGGUGGACGAGAUGCGGGCAGCCCUAUACCCAAUACGCUCCCGCGCGACACUGCGGCAGGUGCAUCUCAUCGUCAAAGUAGCAGAGGAAGGGCAGCGCUUUGUAGAUGCAACUCGCAAGGUCACCAGACUGAGUGAGCGCUGCCGAUCUGCAUAGGUGGUGACGGAAGGAAGACGACAGAAGGAGGAGAAUCGUAGUUGGUGGGGGGAAGAGCGACGAGAUCGGAGGAUGGAAGAACGCAGGUGCCACAAGUGCAGCGAAGUGGGACAUAUUCGAAAGGAUUGCGCGAUGGAUGUGACGUGUGACAUCAGUGGGGUGAAGGGGCACUUUCGCCGUAACUGUGCCAAGGACCCAACAUACAAGGAAUGCGGUAAGAAGGUCCACACCAGAGACGCAGUGCUACCGGCGGGGAGGGCAAGACAGAGGCAAGUCGGCAAGGGAAGCGCAGCUGGAGCAGGAGUUGCGGAGGCUACGCGGGCAGCUUCAGAAGACCGAGGUCAGCAAAGAUCCCGAGAGGGCGAUGCUCGCAUGGGAAGACGAAGGCAAAGAAUCUGAAGACGAGCAAACCGAGUUCGUGUUGGUGGCGACAGCACCACGUGAUCGGACAGAGUUAGAGCUGUGGAGUGGCGGAGCAGACAGAAGGAUGGAGGAGAAGGUCUAUGCACGACGAACGAAGGCGGUAGCCGAGCCCGCGAAAGGGGCAUCCCAAGCCAGAAGGCAUCCCAAAGAACGGCUAAUAUGUCAAACCUCGGCCAUAGUGGUGGAGCCCGGCAAGAUUGCAGUCCGAGGAGUGGCGGUGGACACAAGAGCACAGAGCGCGCUAAUGGGGCAGCGGCUGGCAGAGCAGCUGAAGCGGCAGGGCAAGCUGGAAAUAAUAGGAAAAGGGAUGCGGAUGAUGACGGCGGAAGGAGGCCCGCCAAAGUGGAUGCCGUGCACUAAAGAACCGCUGGAGAUCACUCUGCUGCUGGGAGAAGAAGGCGAGACCAAGAUCCGAGUUCAAUGCGGGCUGCUAGCUGGGAUGGAGCUCGUGUACAAAGUGGGGGCACAAAUCUGCAUGUGGGAGGAGAAGAUGCAGUUCAGAGGCAAAUAUUAGAAGGAGAGCAGUGUGAUGCGGGAACUGCCAGUCAAAUUCGUGAAGGCAGAGCCAGGACGAGCACUUCGAGCCUCUCAAGAGGAGAAAAAAAUGAAAGCGAAGACUAGCA